CGAAAAUGGCGUCUCGUAGUUUAGUUAGUUCAACAAAAAUGUUUAAACACAUAGAAAUAAGCCGGUGUUUUAAAUACUCUUUGUUAAUAAGUGAUAACUUUUAUAAUAAUAAUAUAAUACAAUUACGACGGUGGUCAAAAUGUAAUCGGCGAUUUUGUACCAGCACGAAUUUAAACGAAAAAGAUAAAGAUAAGAUUAGGAAGGAUAAGAAUAAUAAAGAAACUAGUUCAACGUCUUCUUUACAACAAAUUUCAUCACACAGUCAUGAAAAUAAAUCUAAGUUUAUUGAAAAUGUUAUUUCAAAAGAUUUAACCGUAGAACAACCAUUUGACAAGGAUAAAAGUCAAAAAGAAGUGAGUAUAACAUAUUACCGUGGGCUACCUCAAAUAACAAUACCGCUGCCAAGUCGUAAAGAACGAUGUAGAUUUACAUUACGACCAAUAUCAAAUACAGUUGGCGAUUUCCGUGAAAUGAUAAAGAAUGAAGAUAAAGGUAUUGAUCGUGUUACAAUACAAUCAAAAGAAGGUAUUCGAAUAGCUGCAUCAAAUACAAUUGAAAGUUUAUUAGAAGAUGAUUUUUUUAUACUUAUAAAUGAUAAUUUAUAUUUUGUAAAUACACCGGCACAAGAACGACUUACACAAGAAGAAAUUCGAAGACUAAGUGAUGUUAAAAAUUUAGUUCAUCAACUUUAUGAAGCUUUAAAUGUAGAAGAACACCAAAUUCAGAAAGAGCGAGAAUUACAUAAAACAUUAGAACAAUUAAAAUGUGAAAUUGAACCAAUGGAACUCAAACGUCAAGAAUUAGAAGUUGUUGCUCAAAGAAGAACGAAUGUAUUAACGUGGCUGGGGUUAGGUUUAAUGUCCGUGCAAUUUGGUAUACUUGCAAGAUUAACCUGGUGGGAAUAUUCAUGGGAUAUUAUGGAACCUGUAACAUAUUUUGUAACAUAUGGUACUGCAAUGGCUGGUUACGCAUAUUUUGUGUUAACGAAACAAGAAUACAUUUUACCAGAAGUAAAAGAUCGUCAACAUUUAUUAACGUUACAUAAAAAAGCGAAAAAAUUAGGUUUGGAUUUAAAUCAAUACAAUUCGUUAAAGGAUAGAAUACGUUGGAUUGAAAAAGAUUUACGUCGACUACGUGAUCCAUUGACAAUGAAAUUACCACCAACUUAUACAGUUCAAUUUCAAGACUCAUUUAAAAAAGAGACAACCAUGGAUAAAUUAAAAAAAUUCGUUACAUUAAAAUCAAAAUAA